AUGAGCGACGCAACCCUCCAACCUAAAACAACCCCUGGCCGCCAUAGGCAACGGCGCACUGGGAGAACCACCGCUCAAAAAGCCUAUGCCUCGGAGAACGAUGUCGGAUCUUUCGACCCCAACCACUAUCAACGAGCGCCGCACACUCCGAGCAAGGCCCUGUCUGGAUCGCCAGCGCCGGGUAGCCAGUCAUCAGCUCAGGCAAACUCGAAACAACGAAACAAGAAUAGGGGAGCAAGGGGUAAAGGAGCGCAGGUUUCGCCUGAUGGACAGCCCGAAAGAGGCACUCCGACUGGGCGAAGAGCUUCCAUAAAGUCUAGCCUGCCGGCGGCAGCUUUCGCCGGAGCUACUUUCCAUGCAUCUCCUGCGCCAUCGGCGCUUCCGAUCCCGAGCUUCAUUUCCAAAUCAUCCAGCGAAUCUCCGGCUAGGAAUGCCCGCCAUCCCAGCGAUCCGCGAUACUCGCCGCCAACCACAGACAACGAAGCACCGGCAGCAUACUCUGCCUCUGCUCCGCGAGCCACUGAAUCGCCUCUGGAUUUCAUGUUUCGCGCUCACAGGCAGGAACAGGAGCGGCAGUUUGGCUCACCUCGUCGCGAGGACCAAGCUUCUCCCUCCGUCUUUGCUAGCCGACCAGAGCGCUCGCCUCAGGCCAACGUGCCACAGACUGCACCAGCAAGCAUUCGCUAUCGGUCGGGCGGCAUCGACCGAGCUGAGCUAGAUGGCACCCCGAGCUUCGAAGUCGGACCCGCGUUCUCAACACCCUAUCACGAACGCAUUCAGGCUGCGCGCGUCUCGCGGGGUGACGGUCCCCAGAUCCCCCCUCAGGACACUGCAGCUAUGAAUAGUUCAUCCACCGAUGAUGCUACCGCUGCACUGAAGAAAUUCCUGUUUGGUGGCGGUCAGCAGGCGGCCAAGUCCCCCCUUUCCUCGGCAUCCUCUGUUCAGCAUCCUCCUCCAGCCUAUCAUCAGCCUGCUGGACAGGCUGAUGGUGCUAGCUAUGGCCGAAACAACAAUAUCCAAGCAAUGGAGAAUGAUCUUCGUCGCAUCUUGAAGCUGGACUCUUCUUCUUAG